ACUUUUACAGUGGCGCCCGUCAAGCUAAGAAGCUAGGUCGUUAGCAGUCAGUAGAGCAAGAGUCCGAGCUACAAACAGCGACAUACACAGCAACACGACCGUCUCCAACCUGCUCGUCCGACCGCACACUGAAGAGGACGGGCUGAACAUGGCGGCAGCUUCGUGUGACUGCGUCUCUGUGCUCGCUCUGACCUGAUCCAGACUUGUGCCAACACUGUGGCUCUGCACCGACUCCCCCUGCACAUACAGUGGAUUUGAGGAGUAUCACACGUUCACGAGAUGUUCCUGGUGGGGCUGACGGGCGGUAUUUCCUCAGGGAAAAGCACAGUGUCUUCCAUGCUGCGGGAGCUUGGGUGCCCCAUUAUUGAUGCUGAUGUCGUGGCCAGGAAAGUUGUGGAGCCGCACACUCCCGCCUAUUCCCGCAUCGUGUACCACUUUGGACCGGAGAUCUUACUCGAGAACGGGGAGAUCGACCGGCAGAAGCUCGGUCAGCUCAUCUUCGCCAGUGAGGAGAAGAGGAAGCUGCUGAACUCCAUCACCCACCCGGAGAUCCAUAAAGCAAUGCUCAAAGAGAUCCUGUUCUACUUUCUCAGAGGGUACCGCUACGUGGUGCUGGAUGUACCCCUUCUCUUUGAAACCAGACGUCUCACUCAGUUUCUGAACCACACUGUCGUAGUUUACUGUGACCCUGCCACUCAGCUAUCGCGCCUGAUGCAGAGGGACGGCCUGACCCAGGAGCAGGCAGAGCAGCGCGUGGCUGCGCAGAUGCCGCUCAAUGAAAAGCGCGGCUUGGCCAAUCACGUCAUCGAGAACUCGGGCAGCCGAGAGGACACCCACCGGCAGGUCCUGCGGCUGCACACGAAGCUGGAGGACUCCAUGGACUUCCUCUUAGUGAGGGUCAUUGCUAUCGCUGCCACUGCAGGUCUGGGUGGGAUACUGCUGUAUGCAACAAAGAUCCUUUUGUCCUAACAGAGGACAGAUGAUGGGGUAAGAAGGGGGUCCAGGAUGUGGUGAGGGUGUGAAUAGAAGCAAGCGAAAGCCACGUCAGGGGUACUGGUGCAAUUUACUGUGAGAUUAGUUUCACAGCUCCCACCGCUACAGCUCAGAGGUAUGACGUGCUUUGUUGGCAGUUAACGCAGACUUAACAUUAUUGACACAACAUGCACUGACAUUUGUGGUUUGGAGUAAAGGUUUGUAUGUGCAAUUUUCCGUUGUUUUUACUCAGAGACACAUGAAGGUGAUACCUUAGGCUCAGAUACUGUACAAGCUCCCAGUUGCUCUCAACAGUGAUCACAGCUUGGGGCCUAAAAACUGGUUCAGCAGUCAACUCAUAACUAACAUCAGUUUAAAAAUAUAUAUAUCUAAAAACUGAUAAAUAUAUAUAGAUUUUAUUUUGUUACACCUUUUACACCGUAUGAAGUUAUCCAAAUUAGACAUUUGGGGUGAUUUGUAGAUUGUAAAUACAAACACCAGACAGUAGAGAGAGCAAAUGAAGAAGUAAAUGGCUGUACAUUUAUUUGUCAGUGCUUUCCUCAGCAAUGAAUAUGUUUAAAAUUGGAUUGAAAACUCAUCAUAGCACCAACAAAAAAAAUUAAAAUGCUGAAUAGGAACAAUCUGAUGCUUACAUAAUAUGUUAUGAUUGUAUGUUAAUGACCUGUAUAGUGAAGUUAUAUGACAGAAUGUACUUGACAAUCCAUUUUUAAUGGGAACAGUGUGAAUCUACAUGAAUUAACAGACUUUGUAUUUAUCACUGUAUUUUCUUACACUUGAAGCUGUCCGCUGUAAUUACUAAGUCAGUAACUUUUGUUUUCUGUGCACACUCACUUGUAACUAAAACACAACAUUUGUAACAUUAGCUGCUGAAAUGAUGAUACAAUUGUACAAUACUACUGUUUUAAAGUAACAACAACUGUCA